UUUAAAUUACUAUUACUUCUGAUUUUUAAUAUGAUAAACUAUUUGCUAAGAAAGACUGGCGGGAAGAAAAUAGACGCGGUUACUUAUAUUACGAUAUAUAAUGUAAUUUUAUGUACCGGUACCCGAUACCACAUUAUAUUAUGCUAAGACAUUAAAUGCCAGCAAAUGUAUAUUGCCUACGUGUGUUUACAUACCUAUGCACGGGUAUAUUUAAAAUAUGGAAGAAAAUUUUAACAACAGAUUUCAAGAAUUUAUAUAUCAUGCUUUACAUUACUGUGCCUUUGAGAAGCUUCACCAUUUUGAAAAGAAAGGGAAGCUUUACAUAUUUGAAAUUUUUGUCAUAUAUUAAGAUACAAAAUUACGCUGUUAAAAUACCAAAUUUGGCUACAAGUACAAAAAACAAAUUAGUUUCAUCUGUUACAGUGUCACCUCCUGAAGUUUUGGGAAAUGAACAUUCUGAAAGCUUUGUUCAUAAAGAAAAUGAUUCUGUUAUAGACACUGCCACCGAGAAGCGAAAUCCUAUAAUAAGCAAGCAAAUGUCUGAUAAUUCUAGAGCAAUAAACAAGAAAUCUAAUAUUACAUUUUCUUUAGGAACAGAUAUUUAUAAAGAACUUAGCUAUAUAAUUAAUAGUGUUGACUCAAAACCUCUUAUAUUUAUUUCAAAACAUAAGAAAAUUAUAGAUUUAGAAAAAGUAUCAAAGAAUAGUUUCCUUCAAAAUAAUGGUUGUGUUUUAUCAACUGAAGACACCUAUUCUUUAGAAUAUGAUAAUUUAUUAAAGGAGAAUGAUUUGAAACGGAAAUUUACUCUUGUUAAUGCCUUAAAUCCAAAUGUUCUAGAAUGGCAAGAACAAGUAUUGACUUUGAAAUGGCUUCCUCACUAUUAUAUGAAAUUAUCAAAGAUACGUUUAACAGGUUUAGUGGUUAUAACAACUUUAGCUGGUUACAUCAUGGCACCUAAUCCAAUAGAUGUUUCUACAGCAUUGAUGAUGAUUAUAGGAACUGGAUUAACAUCUUGUGCUGCUAAUGCAAUAAAUCAAUUUCUUGAAAUUCCAUAUGAUUCACAAAUGGCUAGAACAAAACAUAGAGUCCUUGUCAAAAGUCUUAUCAGCCCUCUUCAUGCUGUAUCAUUUGCUACAAUCAGUGCAAUAUGUGGAUUAUUCGUUCUUUAUUCCGGAAUAAAUGAAUUGACAGCAGCACUCGGUGCAAUAAAUUUAGUUCUUUAUACAUCAGUAUAUACACCUUUGAAAAGAUACAGCAUCCUUAAUACUUGGGUAGGAUCCAUUGUUGGAGCAAUACCGCCUGUGAUGGGAUGGGCUGCUUGCACCGGAAGUAUAGAUGCAGGUGCUCUUAUAAUGGCUGCAAUCCUUUACUCUUGGCAAUUUCCUCACUUUAAUGCGUUGUCGUGGAAUCUUAGACAAGAUUAUUCACGCGCAGGAUAUCGCAUGAUGUCCGUAACAAAUCCGGAUCUAUGCCGUCGAACUGCCCUUCGCCACAGUUGCGCAAUAGUAUUGUAUUCCCUAUCGGCACCAUAUUUCGAUCUCACCACCUGGACUUUUGCCAUAGAUUCAUUACCUUUAAAUUUAUAUCUCGUAUACAGUUCUUGGAAGUUUUAUCAAGAAGCCGACAGUAAUCGUUCGAGGAAACUAUUUCGGUUAAGUUUAAUUCAUUUACCUGGUUUAAUUUUAUUGAUGUUUAUAAGUAAAAAGUUUGUUAGAAAGGAUGAAAAAGAUGCAAGAUAAAAGACUUUUCGAUAUUUUAUUUUAGUGGCAAGAAACUGUUGGAAUAGUGAUUGACAAUUUUUAUUGUAUAUAUUCAUGUACAUAUUAAAUAAUGAUUGAAA